AUGUUAUUUGAUCCUGUGAUGCAAGUUGUACUUGGCACAAGCAAAAACAUCGAUCUGCCUACACACAAGAAAAGGAGUAGCUUAUCAACAAAGGCAUAUGUCAAUUAAGUCAGAAAAUGUGGACUUCUAUUAGAUAGUGGCAUUCAGGUUUUCUGCAGUAACAGCAUCUGUAUCAUAAUGUUUAGGAGGCGAGCUAGAAGGGCACAAUUUUCUGAUGCUAUCUCUAUUGUGGAACUUCUGGUACAUAUGGAUUGUGAAGGAUGCGAAAAGAGAAUUCGAAGAGCAAUCUCGAAAAUACAAGGGGUUGACAGCUUGGAUAUAGACAUGGACAAGCAAAAGGUGACAGUGACGGGAUACGUUGAGCAGAGGAAGGUGCUAAAGGUGGUGAGAAGAACGGGAAGGAAGGCAGAGUUUUGGCCAUUCCCAUACGACACCGAAUACUAUCCUUAUGCAUCCCAGUACUUAGACGAGUCUACCUACUCUUCUUCCUAUAAUUACUACCGCCAUGGCUUUAACGAAAGUGUGCACGGUUACUUCCCUGACCAAGCCUACGAUACUGUCCCCGAUCCAACUGUCCAUCUUUUCAGUGAUGACAAUGUUCAUGCCUAUUGCAGUAUUAUGUGAUUUUACUUGCAUUAACCUCAGAUCAAAUAAAGCAUAUAUCUGCCGAGAGUCUCAU